CGGGACCUGGAGAGCGCCUGCAUCGCUGCCGUCAAGGCCAAGCUGGAGGUGGCCGUGGCUCAGGAGCUGCAGCUCAGCGAGGACUCGUGGCCCGAGGAUGUCACCGGCCAGGACAUGGAGGACGGGCUGGCCACGCGUGUCACCGGGCUGCUCCGGGCCCACGUGGACCGAGCCCCCCAAGUGACCCCCGAGUUCGGGCGGGAGAUGGCGCAGAGCCUGCUGGGAGUGCUGGUGGCGUUCCUGCACAGCUUCCAGCGCAAGGUCGAGCGUUUCCUGGAAGCCCCCGGGGACCCCGCCCCGCCCGAGGCCACCCCCGGCCGCGCCAUCGCCCUGGCCAACUGCUGUCCCCCGUUCAGGUGA